AUGGGUAACUCAGGGACUACGCACGGGCCGGGUAACCCAGAGACUACCCACGGGCCGGGUAACCCAGGGACUACCCAUGGGCUGGGUAACUCAGGGACUACCUACGGGCUGGGUAACCCAGGGACUACCCACGGGCUGGGUAACUCAGGGACUACCCACGGGCUGGGUAACUCAGGGACUACCCACGGGCUGGGUAACUCAGGGACUACCCAUGGGCUGGGUUACCCAGGGACUACCCAAGGGGUGGAUGAGCUUAAGGAAAUUAUACAUGAGGUGGAUGAGCUCAAAGGAAAUUAUACAUCAGGUGGAUUAGCUGAGCUCAAGGAAAUUAUACAUCAGGUGGAUGAGCUUAAGGAAAUUAUACAUGAGGUGGAUGAGCUUAAGGAAAUUAUACAUGAGGUGGAUGAGCUCAAGGAAAUUAUACAUGAGGUGGAUGAGCUCAAGGAAAUUAUACAUCAGGUGGAUGAGGUUAAGGAAAUUAUACAUCAGGUGGAUGAGCUCAAGGAAAUUAUACAUCAGUUGGAUGAGCUCAAGGAAAUUAUACAUCAGGUGGAUGAGCUCAAGGAAAUUAUACAUCAGGUGGAUGAGCUCAAGGAAAUUAUACAUCAGGUGGAUGAGCUCAAGGAAAUUAUACAUCAGGUGGAUGAGCUGAGCUUAAGGAAAUUAUACAUCAGGUGGAUGAGCUCAAGGAAAUUAUACAUCAGGUGGAUGAGCUGA